AUGGUUGCCCACUUCCCAGGGGGAAGAGGCAAGCCAAUAUGCGAAUCUUUCUGCACGUUCGAGUGGCAGGUGUCGGCGUUGGACGCUCUGUUGGAGGCAAGUCAGGACUUUGUCGUAGGGCUGUUCGGUGACGCGAUCUUCUGCCAGGCGCACGGCAAGCGGAAGACCCUUCAGAAGAAGGACCUGGACCUAGCGCGCAGGAUCCGCGGAAUUCGGAACGAAGACAACACUCUGCCUUUGCAAGCCGCCGUGGAGCACGGCCUCGGGCACAAACGUGAGAAGGUCGAGUACGACCCCGGCAAAGCGGACGAGAAGAGGUGGAAGUCCGCAAAGCAAAUCGAACGGGAGGCAAGAGAGAGGGCGACAAAGGAUGCUAAACGGGCCCAGAAGGCGGAGUUGCAGCGCCAGACGCGAAUGGCUGCAGAGCGCGCGGCUCGGGAAGCUGCGCAUGGGCCUCAGGGAGGGGCUGAAACGUCGAAGCAGGGUGGAAAGAGGGGGAAGGGAGCGGCUUGA